AUGGAGAUAUAUGGAGAUGAAAUUAGCAAUCCUGCUUUCAAUAACGCGUUGUCCCCAGAUAUUGUUGGGGAAACUACAUUUGAACUUUUCAAUUUCACGCGACAAAAUUUAAAUAUACCGAUUGAUAUAUUCGAAAUUAUGCAACGUACCACAAUCGAAAUGCUUGGAAAUUUGGCAUUUGGAUAUCAAUUUGUGCUUGAAAUCCGUCGAAACCCCUCAUAUUAUAAAUAUCAUAAUAGAAAAUUCUUUAAAGCUAAUGAAGUUAAGGAAAAGAGAAAUAAAAUUGAAAAUAAGAAAGUUUCCAAUUAUGUUAAUUCUGAAAAUGGUCGGAUUGACCUGCUAACAG